AUGUCAGUUGCCAAUGACACCAAUUUCAAUUCUGCAGUGUUCCUUCUCACUGGGAUACCUGGGCAGGAAAAAGUCCGUCUCUGGGUCUCUGUCUCCUUCUGCAUAAUGUACGCUAUCUCAAUAACAGGAAAUUCACUCAUUCUGUUCAUUAUAAAAACAGACCCAAGCCUCCAUGAGCCCAUGUACAUUUUCCUUUCCAUGUUGGCCCUCACAGACAUUGGCUUAUCAAUAUCCACCAUGCCGACCACACUGGGAUUAUUCUUGUUUAACUCUAGGGAGAUCAGCUUCAAUGCCUGUUUUGCCCAGGUGUUCUUCGUCCACUUGUUUUCAUUCAGUGAUUCCUCCAUGCUCCUGUUGAUGGCCUUUGACCGCUUCAUGGCAAUCUGCAAUCCACUAAGAUACGUUUCCAUCUUAACCCUGCCAAGAAUAGCCAAAAUGGGGCUGGUGUUUGUGCUAAAGUCAAUGUCCCUAGUAUUCCCACUCCCCUUUCUUCUGAAACGGUUCCAAUACUGUCGAUCCAAUGUCCUCUCCCAUUCCUACUGCCUGUAUCAGGACGUCAUGAAGUUGGCUUGUGCAGACAUCACCGUCAACAGCAUCUAUGGUUUUGCUAUCAAACUCUUAGCUGUGGGGUUGGACUCAUUGUUCAUUUUUCUUUCCUAUGUGAUGAUCCUCAAGACUGUGCUGAGUGUCACAUCUUCCACAGAGCGCCUCAGGGCCCUGAACACCUGCGUCUCACACCUCUGUGCCAUCCUGCUCUUCUACUUACCAGAUAUUGGCUUGUCCGUGGUACACAGAUUUGGGAAUAGCUCUUCCCUCUUGCUUCAGAGUCUCAUGGGCUACAUCUACAUGGUGGUACCUCCCCUGAUGAACCCAAUCGUGUACAGCAUGAAAAGCCAACACCUUCGUUCAAGGAUAUUCAGGGUGUUCUUCAAGUGA